AUGAUCUCCAGGCCAACGCGAAAGCCCCUGCUCACCCUGACCUGCGCCAGCCUGAUGCAGCUCCUCCCACCUCCCGUCCCCACCGGAAAAAAGAGUCAAAUGGAUGCUAAAAAGCUAAAGAAAAGCAAUUUGACUUCCUUGCCAACUUUGAAAACAAGAAAGAGACCAAACCUCACGUCCAUGAAGGACCCCAUUUUUCCUCCUGAGAUCUACAUGGUUGAGAGUAAGCCUUUGGUUCAAGUUCAGAAGUCACCUUCCAAGACCAAGAACCCCAGAAUGACCCGAUAUUUGCGUAAGAAUACAAACACCAGUUUUACCGCACUCCCUUUUGUGGAUACCAAGGGGAAGAAGAACAUGGUUAACUUCCCACGUAUCAGCAACAAAAUCCUACCCCUGCCCUAUCAGGAGACUCAAGGUCACAAUCCAGUGCUUCCAUCCGAGCUCAAGGCUUCAGAAGUACCUUUCCACUCCAGCGUUAAAACUCAAGAUCCCGCAUCACAGGAGAAGUCACCCAAGAAGCACAAGGUGCCUCUGACGGCAGCAGAGGCCCUAAAGCUUUUUAAGGAUCAGCUGUCUCCUUAUGAGCAAAGUGAAAUCCUGGGCUACACAGAGCUGUGGUUCCUGGGACUUGAUGCUGAGAAGCUCAACGUGACUCCUGAGAAAUUCAGCAAGACAAGUUUUGACGACGAACAUGGAUCCUAUAUGAAGGUCCUGCAUGACCACAUUGCCUACCGCUACGAGGUUCUGGAGAUGAUCGGAAAAGGGUCUUUUGGACAGGUGGCCAAGUGCUUGGAUCACAAAAACAAUGAAUUGGUGGCCCUGAAAAUCAUCAGGAACAAGAAGAGAUUUCACCAUCAGGCCCUGGUGGAGCUCAAGAUCCUGGAAGCGCUCAGAAGGAAGGACAAAGACAACACCCACAACGUGGUGCACAUGAAGGACUUUUUCUACUUCCGCAAUCACCUCUGUAUCACCUUUGAACUCCUGGGAAUCAACUUGUAUGAGUUGAUGAAGAAUAAUAGCUUUCAAGGCUUCAGUCUGUCGAUAGUUCGGCGCUUCACACUCUCUGUUUUAAAGUGCUUGCAAAUGCUCUAUGUAGAGAAAAUCAUUCACUGUGACCUCAAACCUGAAAAUAUAGUGCUGUACCAAAAGGGUCAAGUCUCUGUUAAAGUUAUUGACUUUGGAUCUAGCUGUUAUGAUCACCAGAAAGUGUACACCUACAUCCAAAGCCGCUUCUACCGAUCCCCAGAGGUGAUUCUGGGCCACCCCUACAACAUGGCCAUUGAUAUGUGGAGCUUGGGCUGCAUCAUGGCGGAGCUGUACACGGGCUACCCCCUGUUCCCCGGGGAGAAUGAAGUGGAGCAGCUGGCUUGCAUCAUGGAGGUGCUGGGCCUACCACCAACCCGCUUCAUUCAGACGGCCUCUAGGAGACAGACGUUCUUUGAUUCCAAAGGUUUUCCUAAAAAUAUAACCAACAACAGGGGGAAAAAAAGAUACCCGGAUUCCAAGGAUCUCACGACGGUGCUGAAAACCUAUGACUCAAGCUUCCUGGACUUUCUCAGAAGGUGUCUGGUAUGGGAACCUUCUCUUCGAAUGACCCCAGACCAGGCCCUCAAGCAUGCUUGGAUUCAUGAGCCACGAAGCCUCAAACCACGGCCCAGACCCCAGAUUUUGAGGAAAACCAGUUUCUGUUUCCCCUCUGACAAAAGGAAGGACAAGUAUUCAGGGUACCAUCAUGCAAGCAAAAAAGCAGAUGAGCUCACUAAAGACACUGCAGACAAGAUGCAAGAUGGUGCCUCUGAUCGUGUCCCAAAUUCCGACGAUCCGCAGAGCUCUGUCCAGCACGUGGCUGCCGUCCAGCUGCCCCACCUAGAAGCUCCUGGGAAGCCUGAGGCAGCUGCUGCACCAGAGGUGUCUGCGGCCACCACGGGACAGCAAAGCCAAAGCUCCUCCCCCAGGAACACGAACACCUUACCACCCAUUGUGUGACUCUCACUGAGGGUGCGUCCUCUUCCGUCCCACCAUCGACUGGACUUAGAGACAGCGCUUCACAUUGUACAAUACUUCAGAUUGUUGUUUUAAAAUGCAUAAAGGUUUGUUAAAAAAAACAAGUUCAC